AUGGUUCUCCCUCACCCCACCAUCUCCCCCUUUCCCCAGUCGGCCAUCUGUAAGCUGAAGAAGAUAUACCUGAACUCCAACAAGCUGGACUUUGAUGGGAUCCCCUCAGGCAUUGGCAAGCUCACCAAUCUUGAAGAGUUCAUGGCAGCCAACAACAACCUGGAGCUCAUCCCUGAGAGCCUGUGCAGGUGCUCCAAGCUGAGGAAGUUGGUGCUGAACAAGAACCGCCUGGUGACACUGCCAGAGGCCAUCCACUUCCUGACAGACGUGGAGAUCCUGGACGUGCGUGAGAACCCCAGCCUGGUGAUGCCCCCGAAGCCGGCGGAUCGAUCCUCGGAGUGGUACAACAUCGACUUCUCCCUGCAGAACCAGCUCCGCCUGGCCGGAGCCUCCCCCGCCACCGUCGCUGCUGCUGCUGCGGGGAGCAGCACCAAGGACCCACUGGCCCGCAAGAUGCGGCUCCGGCGACGCAAGGACUCUGCCCAGGAUGACCAGGCCAAGCAGGUGCUGAAGGGGAUGUCAGAUGUGGCCCAGGAGAAGAAUAAGAAGAUAGAGGAGAGUGGGGAGGCGAAGGCGCCAGACCUGAAGACUCGGCGCUGGGACCAGGGCCUGGAGAAGCCACAGCUGGACUAUUCGGAGUUCUUCAGUGAGGAUGUGGGACAGCUGCCUGGCCUCUGUGUCUGGCAGAUUGAGAACUUCGUGCCCACGCUGGUGGACGAGGCUUUCCAUGGCAAGUUCUACGAAGCCGACUGCUACAUCGUGCUCAAGACCUUCCUGGAUGAGAAUGGUUCCCUGAACUGGGAGAUCUACUACUGGAUUGGGCAGGAGGCCACGCUGGACAAGAAGGCCUGUUCUGCCAUCCACGCUGUCAACCUCCGCAACUACCUGGGGGCUGAGUGCCGCAGCAUCCGGGAGGAGAUGGGGGAUGAAAGUGAAGAGUUCCUUCAGGUCUUCGACAAUGACAUCUCCUACAUCGAGGGUGGCACGGCCAGCGGUUUCUUCACUGUUGAGGACACGCAGUACGUCACCAGGCUCUACCGUGUCUAUGGGAAGAAGAAUGUCAAGCUGGAGCCAGUGGCACUGAAAGGGACAUCGCUGGACCCGCGGUUUGUUUUCCUCCUGGAUCAUGGCCUUGACCUCAUGGUGUGGCGUGGGAGCCAGGCCACUCUGAGCAGCACCACCAAGGCCAGGCUCUUCGCUGAGAAGAUCAACAAGAAUGAGCGAAAAGGCAAGGCCGAGAUCACACUGCUCACCCAGGGCCAGGAGACCCCCGAAUUCUGGGACGUGCUGGGGGGACAGCCUGAGGAGAUCCGACCCUGUGUCCCUGAUGACUUCCAGCCCCACAAGCCCAAGCUGUACAAGGUCGGCCUCGGUCUGGGCUACCUGGAGCUUCCCCAGAUCAACUACAAGCUCUCCGUGGAGCACAAGAAGAGGCUGAAGGCUGAUCUGAUGCCAGAGAUGCGCCUGCUGCAGAGCCUGCUGGACACCAAGAGCGUGUACAUCCUGGACUGCUGGUCGGAUGUCUUCAUCUGGAUCGGGAGGAAAUCGUCACGGCUGGUGCGGGCAGCGGCGCUGAAGCUGAGCCAGGAGCUGUGCACAAUGCUGCACCGGCCCAAGCACGCCAUGGUCACCAGGAAUCUGGAGGGCACCGAGUGCCAGGUGUUCAAGUCCAAGUUCAAGAACUGGGAUGACGUCCUGCGCGUGGAUUACACCCGGAAUGCCGAGACGGUGCUGCAGGACGGCGGCCUGGCUGGCAAGGUCCGCAAGGACGCCGAGAAGAAGGACCAGAUGAAGGCUGACCUCACUGCACUCUUCCUGCCCCGCCAGCCCCCCAUGCCCCUCAGUGAGGCGGAGCAGCUGAUGGAGGAGUGGAACGAGGACCUGGAUGGCAUGGAGGGCUUCGUGCUGGAGGGCAAGAAAUUCACUCGCCUGCCUGAGGAGGAGUUUGGCCACUUCCACACCCACGACUGCUACGUCUUCCUGUGCAGGUACUGGGUACCAGUGGAGUACGAGGAGGAUGAGGAGAAAAAGAAGAAGGGUGAAGGCAAAGGGGAAGAGGAGGGUGAGGAAGAAGAGGAGGAGAAGCAGCCAGAGGAAGACUCCCAGUGCAUCGUCUACUUCUGGCAGGGCCGGGAGGCCUCCAACAUGGGCUGGCUCACCUUCACCUUCAGCCUCCAGAAGAAGUUUGAGAGUCACUUCCGUGGCAAGCUGGAGGUGGUGCGCAUGACCCAGCAGCAGGAGAACCCCAAAUUCCUGUCGCACUUCAAGAGGAGGUUUGUGAUCCACCGGGGCAAGCGGAAGGACCGGGUCAGCACUCCCCAGCCCAGCCUGUACCACAUCCGCACCAACGGCGGGGCCCUCUGCACCAGGUGCAUCCAGAUCAACACGGAUGCUGCUCUGCUCAACUCCGAGUUCUGCUUCAUCCUCAAGGUGCCCUUUGAGAGCACGGACAACCAGGGCAUUGUCUACACCUGGGUGGGCCGGGCAGCUGACCCUGAUGAGGCCAAGCUGGCUGAGGACAUCAUGAACCACAUGUUUGAUGACUCCUACAGCAAACAGGUUAUCAACGAGGGAGAAGAACCCGAAAACUUCUUCUGGGUGGGCAUUGGGGGUCAGAAGCCCUACGAUGAAGAUGCCGACUACAUGAAGCACUCACGGCUCUUCAGAUGCUCCAAUGAGAAGGGUUAUUUCUCCGUGUCAGAAAAGUGCUCAGAUUUCUGCCAGGAUGACCUGGCUGAUGAUGACAUCAUGCUGCUGGAUAACGGGCGGGAGGUCUACAUGUGGGUGGGCACCCAGACCAGCCAGGUGGAGAUCAAGCUGAGCCUCAAGGCAUGCCAGGUGUACAUCCAGCACAUGCGCUCCAAGGACCCCACACACCCCCGCAAGCUGCGGCUGGUGCGGAAAGGCAACGAGCCCUGGCCCUUCACCCGCUGCUUCCACGCCUGGAGUGUGUUCCGCAAGCCGCCCACCUAAGGGCUGGGGGCACCCGGUGCUCUGGCCACUGUCCCCCUGGCAGGGCCAGACCCCGGCACCCUGCGCUGCCGCCAAGGCCAGGCUCAGCCUGGAGCCGCUUCUCCCCGAGCUGGGGCCAGUGGGGAUCACUGGGGCUGUCCCUCUGUCCCCCCUUCUCCCAGCACGGGGCCCAGCUCAGCCCCUUCCCUUCCUGGGGGGCAUAUGGGGUGGUGUGGGCUCCUGUCACACCCUGCUUGGGGAUGCUGCUGCCUCAAACCAGUGUCCAGCUCCCCCUGUGACUGGGGGACAGGAG